AUGGUUUGGAUGUUAUAUUCAACCUCUCUGCUGCGGGACGCGAACUAAAAGAGAUAACAAAUAUGAUAUAUUCUCUUACGGAUGAGAUAAUACAGCAGUGCGAAGAUGAAAUAAAUAAUUUGAAUACAACUAGGAAUGAAGAGAAGCGAACUCAUAAAACAUUUUUUGAUAUCCAAAUGGAUGCAUGCAGUAAAGAAAAUUUUACCCGAAAGGAAAUUUCUGAUAACGUACUAACCAUGUUACUAUCGAGUAGUGACACAAUCAUUGCUACGAUGAAUUAUGUUCUCUUCAUAUUAGCAAAUUUUCCAAAAAUACAGGAAAAAAUAUAUGAAGAAAUGUUGGAAAUUUAUGGCACUGAAACUGUAAAAUCUGCACCAAUUAAAUACCACGAUUUACAAAAUAUGCAUUAUUUGGACCGAGUUAUCAAGGAAACGCUAAGAAUGUUCCCUACUAUUCCAAUAAUUGGACGACAAGUAAUGGAAGAUUUAAAAAUAGGGGAAGUUAUGAUACCAAAAGGUGCAGAUAUUUUUAUACCGAUUAUAAAAAUGCACCGAGACGAAAAGUAUUGGUCAAACCCAUUGGUGUUUGACCCUGAUAGAUUUCUCCCAGAAAGAAUAAAAGAUUUUCAAGCGUCUUAUUAUUUUCCGUUUAGCGUUGGACCAAGGAACUGUAUAGGUAUAAAAUAUGCAAUGAGAUGUGUAAAAGUCAUGCUAGCAACACUGAUACGAACGUAUGAAUUCAAAGUUAAUAAAAGUAUUGAAUUAGAUAAAAUAAAAUUGACAUUUGACAUUGUAUUAACUCCUGCUGAGCCUUUCAAAGUCAAAAUUGAAAAACGAUCCAAUAAAAUAGUAUAGAAAUAUAUUAAAUAUUUAAGACUAUUAUUUUAUUAUAAUAUUCUGCAUAUAUAUAUUAUAUUGUGGUGGAAUUCGAUUUAUUACUUUUUAGUUUAUAAUGUUAAUUUACAUAGUUUGUAACAUAUGUAACCUAUGUAAGAAUAAAACCAAUAAUCUUUGAAGACUA